UCCUUGCUCUUCUCCCUAAAAUUGAAAACGCAAUCCCCUAGCAAUCGCCUUCUCCUCUCCCUUGCUCGGUCUCUACCUCUCUCGCCGCUGCCUCGCCUCCGUUCCCCCUUUGCCGUCGUAGCCUCGCCUUCGUUCCAUCGCGGCAUUGCGGUUCUCCAUCUCGGCGUUGCAGUCGGCGGUCGCAGCCCUUACAUGUCGGGCGUUCGCCAAAGUCAAGUCUACAAGAGGCAGAGACCACCGGGGGGCAAAAAGCUACGCGUACUGGUUACGCCAUUUUAGAGUUGACAAAGACUCGGAUUGGUUUGCUUUUCUUAUGUGAAAAACAGUGGGGAAAGUUCUAGGAAGAGAGGUCCGAAGCGUAAUAUAAACGAACUUCGGUGGUGGGAAAGUGAACGAGCCUUUCUUGUUCAAGUGCUACGAGAGAGGAAACCCUCGGAAGAAAAUACUUGUGAGAAUGAACAUGGGAAACGGCUCGGAGGCUGGAACGAGCGGUGGUGAGCCGUCGGCGAUUGACUACGACGUCUUCUUGAGUUUCAGGGGACCGGACACUCGCCAAGCCUUCACGGAUUGUCUUUAUCACCAAAUGCUACAAGCAAACAUCCAUGUUUUCCUCGAUGAGAAAGAGCUCCACGUCGGUGAAGAAAUAGCUGAUGAGUUACCGGCGGCCAUCCAAAAGUCGAAAAUCUACAUACCCAUCUUCUCUAAAGGUUAUGCUUCGAGCGCGUGGUGCCUUCGCGAGCUCGCGCACAUGGUGGAGUGCAAGAAAUCCAAACCAUCCGAGAAGGAGAUUAUGCCGAUUUUCUACGACGUUAAGCCUCGCGAUGUUAAGCUUAAGUCUCAACGGUACGUCAGCGCUUUGGAGGAGCAUGAAGAGAAGUUCGGUCGCGAGACGAGGCAAAAGUGGGAGGAUGCCCUCAAAAGUGUAGCCCAAAUCAAAGGAUGGGAGUUGAAAAAGCAAGGGCAUUGGAAAUUCAUUCAAUCGGUGCUACAAGAGAUUGUGAUGAAGCUGAAGACAAAAGACAAAUACGUUAUGAGCAUUUAG